AUGAAGUGCAUCGACAUUUGGCUGAAACAAUCGACGACAUGCCCGAAAUGUCGUGGUGGCAUCCGGACUGAACUGACUCGCUUGGAACUUGAGCUCCUUGACGUAAGGGAUCAAUCAAACAAUGUAACCAGUGCAGCAUUCGCACCUGUAGGAGCUGUUCGUUCAUGCGUUUGUGCUUCUAAUUCAGGUGCACAGCAACAGGUUCGUACAACGAAUUCACGACAUGGUUCAACCACCAGCACCACAAUAAUAGCAACAACUACAAGAGCAACGGCUGCUGCUAUAGCUACUUCAACUAAUCGAAGAGUUAUAACGACAAGUAAUACUGUUGGCGUAAGUUCUUCUGAUACACCAACCAGUUGUCCAAUUUGUUUAGAGAGACGACUUGCUUCUUCUUUCUAUUCUUGUUCAACUACAACUACCACAACUUCUAGAACAAUGUCAGCUACUACUAGUCGUCGUACAAAUACUGUGGCUAGUAGACGAAAUCAAGGGAAUGCGUUGGAUUCAAAUUCUGGCCAGUCAAGCACUGCUUCGCUUACGUCCGCUGUUGCUCAGUCGAUUGACAGUAGAUGUAAUCGAAAUGAAUUGACAGCAAAUCCAUACAAUGCUCAAGUGAACACCACGUGUUCUAAUGGAGUCAGUGAGUCGGUGAUGGCUCGACAGAAGGCUGUCGAAGCAGCUAUGCAACGAGAAGCAGAGUUCCGUCGAAGACAAGAGAACGAGCCAAAUGGGUCGUUGGAUUAAUCGUGAGAAAAGUAGAACAGUGACUGGUACUUCUUGGCAUGUUCUUUUGGAAUUCGAGUGAAUGACCAGUGUAUUCUCCAGACUGAAAAAACAUGUUUUGUAUUUUUGAUAUAUAUUCACUAAACAUUAUAAGUUAACCUUGCAUCUCUUGUGGCU